UGUGUGAAAUGUGGAAAAAGUUUUAGUCAAAAACAGGAUUUAACUUGGCACAUGAUGAUUCAUACUGGUGAAAAGCCGUUUUCAUGUGUGAACUGUGGAAAAUGUUUUAGUCGAAAACAGGACUUAACUAAGCACAUGAUGAUUCACACAGGUGAAAAGCCGUUUUCAUGUGUGAACUGUGGUAAAAGUUUUAGUCAAAAAGGUAAUUUAACUGAGCACAUGAUGAUUCACACUGGUGAAAAGCCGUUUUCAUGUGUGAACUGUGGAAAAUGUUUUAGUCGAAAACAGGACUUAACUAAGCACAUGAUGAUUCACACAGGUGAAAAGCCGUUUUCAUGUGUGAAAUGUGGAAAAAGUUUUAGUCAAAAACAGGUUUUAACUCAGCACAUGAUGAUUCAUACUGGUGAAAAGCCGUUUUCAUGUGUGACCUGUGGAAAAAGUUUUAGUCGAAAACAGCAUUUGACUCGGCACAUGAUGAUUCAUACUGGUGAAAAGCCGUUUUCAUGUGUGAAAUGUGGAAAAAGUUUUUGUCAAAAACAGGAUUUAACUCAGCACAUGAUGAUUCACACUGGUGAAAAGCCGUUUUCAUGUGUGAAAUGUGGAAAAAGUUUUAAUCAAAAACAGGUUUUAACUCUGCACAUGAUGAUUCAUACUGGUGAAAAGCCGUUUUCAUGUGUGAAUUGUGGAAAAGGUUUUAGUCACAAACAGCAUUUAUCUCGGCACAUGAUGACUCACACUGGUGAAAAGCCAUUUUCAUGUGUGAAUUGUGGAAAAGGUUUUAGUCGAAAACAGCAUUUAACUCUGCACAUGAUGACUCACACUGGUGAAAAACCAUUUUCAUGUGUGACCUGUGGAGAAAGUUUUCGUCACAAGGUGAGUUUAAUUCACCACAUGAGGCGUCACACAGUUGAAAAGCAGUAGAAGUAUUUUCCAUACAUGUUCUAUAUUGAGGUUCACUAUAGAACUGAUUUGGUUUAAAACUAGAAUGAAAGACUGGAGGGAUUUCAUGUCUACAAAGCUGAAAAUUGUUGUAUUUGUUAAAUGUGUUUAUUUGGAUACUUGUAGAUGUGCAACCAUGACACAUUUUCCGUCAGAGAUGCUUUCUUGUUC